GGUUGGGCCGGGUAUAGAAGGCCCGACGGAGAGGGUGCCGGGCGCCGGGCGUUUCUGCAGAGAUGGCAGAUGAGGUUUGCAGGGCUCAGGCGGCUCAGCCGGGCGGGGACACCAUAUUCGGAAAAAUCAUCCGUAAAGAGAUCCCCGCCAAGAUCAUUUUCGAGGACGAGAAGUGCCUUGCGUUCCAUGACAUUUCUCCACAAGCUCCAACUCAUUUCCUAGUGAUCCCUAAGAAACAUAUUGCUCAGAUAUCUCAGGCAGAAGAUACCGAUGCAGCUCUUCUUGGCCAUUUAAUCAUUGUGGGCAAGAAAUGUGCAGCUGAAUUAGGCCUGAGCAGAGGAUACCGAAUGGUUGUGAAUGAAGGUCCAGAUGGUGCUCAGUCAGUCUAUCAUGUGCAUCUCCAUGUACUUGGGGGACGCCAGAUGGGCUGGCCUCCAGGCUAAGAAUGGGAAGAAAAAUGUUGUCCUCAAGUCUGUUGAAUAAGUCCACACUUGUCCUGUCAAUAAUACCAAAACAUUAAUCUUUCUUGUGGAACACAGUUAUAAAUUUUGGGCAUAAAUCAAUAAAGGUUAAGCUUAAUGGUUCUUUUUUUCCCCCACUUUCAUAUUAUCUAACAUAAAUUUGUACAGUCUGAGACUGCUGUAUUCGGCUGUUAAAAGCUGUGUAUGCAGCCACUAGAAACUUUCCAAAAGCUGUUUCUAAGUUGUAAUGUUACUACUGGUAUGUUAGAAAAGAAAGUGUGAGUUGUACUGGGAGUAAUCACAUGUGUUUAAAUUUUAAUCUUUUUUCAUGGUAUUUGUUAAAGCAGAAAUGUACAGGAGUUACUUUGAAAUAGCAUUUUAUAUGCCUGGAUGUUUUCCUUUUGCUUCUCAAAAUACUGUUUUGUUUGCUGAGACUAAUGUAAUACCCCCCCCCCACACACACACAGUGAAGAAAAACAGAAUAUAUUCUAAAAAAGUGUAACCAAAUAAUUUUUACAUAUUGACUUAACAGUGCAAGGGGGUGUUACUAGGACAAAAGGAAGCAGCCUUUUUUUUUUUAACUCAACCUCUG